AUGCUUCCCAAAGGUCUCUAUGGUAUUCUUUCUCUGAUGGCUUUAAUCAUUCAGAGUCUUGGGACGGAAGUGGGCAUGUCCUCUGGCAAUGGUGACAAGGAAGGAAAAACCACAGAUGAACCGACCAAAACGUUUCCUGAUAUUCAACCAAGAAAUGGCAAUUCGCGUUGCUCACCUGGAACUUGGUCUAGCAAAGGCACGACCCCUUGUAACGAUUGUUCCCCUGGGUCAUAUUCAAAAGAAUCUGGAGUAACAUCGUGCCUCUUAGCCAGAGCGGGAUACUACGUACCCACACCCAGAGCGACAACGGAGACUCCUUGUCAAUCAGGCACGUAUUCAACGUCGACUGGCAGCACUUCUUGUGGUUCUUGCCCUCCAGGACAUAUGUGUCCCAAUAAUGCACUUGCAAAUCCGCAGAAAUGUUCUCCAGGAAGAUAUUCCACUGGAGGAUUGACCGAAUGCACGAAAUGCAGUGCUGGAACAUUUAACAGUAUUCAAGGCGCGACAGGGUGCUGCCCAUGUGCAGCUGGUUGGUAUAAUGAUCAACCGGGGAACACCAAUUGCCAAAGAUGUUCCAAUCAAUAUCCAUAUUCAGGGCCUGGGACAGGAAACCGCAAUGGAUGUUCUGCAAACCCUGGAGGUUGGGCCAUUUCUCCUUCCUGCUCACAGGGCUCAGAUGGAACAUGCCCUGGUUCGUCUCCAUUUGCUAGCGUUAGUUCUAAGCCAAAGCGCCAUGUCAUACACGCGCCGCUUUGCCGAAGAACAGGUCAAAAAGCGUGUCCAGUAUAUGGGUUUAAUUGGCGAGGGGGCAAACACCACUCUUUCACAAGUUAUGAGUGUGUUGACAUUGAAAAUGACCUGGAAUCCUGCGGUGGUUGUGUUCAGCAAUCCAACGAUGGGGAAGCUAGCGCGGAUGGUGGCAGAGAUUGCAGCGCAAUCCCCAAUGUUAGUACCGUGCGAUGUCAUAAAAGUGAAUGUGUAAUAGAUUCAUGCCAAGCAGGUUUUAUCCGAUCUGCAGAUGGAACGCAUUGUGUACCUGACCUGUAG